UCUCCUAGCACUUUUUUAUGCAUGGGGCACAACUGUAAUUAAGAGGUGCAGGAUGAAAAGAUGGCACAAUCAGUGCUGGUACCACCAGGACCUGACAGCUUCCACUACUUCACGAAAGAAUCCUUGGCAGCUAUCGAACAACGCAUCGCUGAGGAAAAAGCGAAGAAGUCCAAACAAGAACGCAAAGAUGUCGACGACGAUGAAAAUGGACCCAAACCCAAUAGUGACUUGGAGGCCGGCAAAUCACUGCCCUUUAUAUAUGGAGACAUACCUCCGGGAAUGGUGUCUGAGCCCUUGGAGGAUCUGGACCCGUACUACCUUAACAAAAAAACAUUUAUAGUAUUGAACAGAGGGAAGGCGAUCUUCCGAUUCAGUGCCACUUCUGCCGUGUACAUGUUAACUCCUUUCAACCCUCUUAGAAAAAUAGCUAUUAAAAUUUUGGUACAUUCAUUAUUCAGCAUGCUUAUUAUGUGCACUAUUUUAACCAACUGUGUAUUUAUGACCAUGAGUAACCCUCCGGAAUGGACAAAGAAUGUAGAAUACACAUUCACUGGAAUUUAUACCUUUGAAUCACUAAUAAAAAUUCUCGCGAGGGGCUUCUGUUUAGAAGGUUUCACUUUCCUCCGGGAUCCUUGGAACUGGCUGGACUUCACGGUCAUUACAUUUGCAUAUGUGACAGAGUUUGUGGACCUGGGCAAUGUCUCAGCGUUGAGAACAUUCAGAGUUCUCCGGGCAUUGAAAACAAUAUCAGUCAUUCCAGGCCUGAAGACAAUUGUGGGAGCCCUCAUUCAGUCAGUGAAGAAGCUCUCGGAUGUCAUGAUCCUGACUGUGUUUUGUCUGAGUGUAUUUGCCCUAAUAGGGCUCCAGCUUUUCAUGGGAAACUUGAGGCAUAAAUGCCUCAUUUGGCCACCAGACAAUUCUACUUUUGAGAUAAACACAACUUCCUACUUCGAUAGCACAAUAGGAGAAAAUGGUACCUUUGUUAAUACAACUGUGACCACGUUUAACUGGGAUGAAUACGUCAGUGAUGACAAUCACUUUUACUUCUUGGAAGGACAAAAUGAUGCUUUGCUGUGUGGCAACAGCUCAGAUGCAGGUCAAUGUCCAGAAGGAUACAUGUGCGUCAAAGCUGGUAGAAACCCCAACUAUGGCUAUACAAGUUUUGAUACCUUCAGCUGGGCCUUCUUGUCACUCUUUCGGCUGAUGACUCAGGACUACUGGGAAAAUCUUUACCAACUGACCUUGCGAGCGGCUGGCAAAACCUACAUGAUCUUUUUUGUUCUGGUAAUUUUCCUGGGCUCUUUCUACCUGAUCAACUUGAUCCUGGCUGUUGUUGCCAUGGCCUACGAGGAGCAGAAUCAGGCCACCAUGGAAGAAGCGGAGCAGAAAGAGGCGGAGUUUCAGCAGAUGCUGGAACAGCUGAAGAAACAACAAGAGGAAGCUCAGGCAGCCGCUUUAGCUGCUGCAACGGGGGAAUCUCGAGAGUUCAGUGAAGUUGGUGGUGUAGGAGGCUUCUCAGAGAGCUCUUCAGCGACAUCAAAGCUAAGUUCAAAGAGUGCUAAAGAGAGGAGGAACCGGCGGAAAAAGAGGAAGCAGAGGGAACAGUCUGAAGGAGAUGAAAAGGAUGACGACAGAUUUCACAAAUCUGAAUCAGAAGACAGCAUCCGAAGGAAAGGCUUUCGGUUCUCCAUUGAAGGGAACAGACUGACAUAUGAAAAAAGGUUCUCUUCCCCACACCAGUCUUUACUGAGCAUCCGCGGAUCCCUCUUUUCCCCACGGCGCAGCAGCAAAGCCAGUCUUUUCAGCUUCAGAGGCCGGACAAAGGACAUUGGAUCAGAAAACGACUUUGCUGAUGACGAGCACAGCACCUUUGAGGACAAUGAGAGCAGGAGAGAUUCUCUCUUUGUUCCGCACAGACACAGCGAGCGGCGCAACAGCAACAUUAGUCAGGCCAGCCGGUCGUCCAGGAUGGUCCCGGUGCUUCCAGCAAACGGGAAGAUGCACAGCACUGUGGACUGCAACGGGGUGGUUUCCUUAGUUGGUGGGCCUCCUGCUCUGAUGUCACCUACUGGGCAGCUUCUGCCUGAGGGCACCACUACAGAAACAGAAUUAAGAAAGCGGCGCUCGAGUUCUUACCACAUGUCUAUGGAUUUUCUGUCUGAACCUACUGCAAGGCAAAGAGCAAUGAGCAUAGCCAGCAUACUUACCAACACAAUGGAAGAACUUGAGGAAUCCAGACAGAAAUGCCCUCCAUGCUGGUAUAAAUUUGCUAACAUGUGCUUAAUCUGGGAUUGCUGGCCUCCGUGGUUAAAAAUAAAGCAUAUUGUUAAUUUGAUUGUGAUGGAUCCAUUUGUCGACCUUGCUAUCACCAUCUGCAUUGUUUUGAACACUUUGUUUAUGGCCAUGGAACAUUAUCCAAUGACACCACAGUUCAAUAACGUGCUGUCCGUUGGAAACUUGGUGUUUACUGGCAUCUUCACAGCAGAAAUGUUCCUUAAGAUAAUAGCCAUGGAUCCUUAUUAUUAUUUCCAAGAAGGCUGGAAUAUUUUUGAUGGUAUCAUUGUCAGCCUGAGUUUGAUGGAGCUGGGUCUUGCCAACGUGGAAGGACUGUCAGUCCUAAGAUCCUUCAGAUUGCUUCGAGUUUUCAAAUUGGCAAAAUCUUGGCCAACAUUAAACAUGUUGAUAAAAAUUAUCGGCAACUCCGUGGGUGCUUUGGGAAAUCUGACUUUGGUCCUGGCCAUCAUUGUCUUCAUUUUUGCUGUGGUUGGAAUGCAGCUGUUUGGCAAAAGCUACAAGGAAUGUGUCUGCAAGAUCUCUAACGACUGUGAACUUCCACGCUGGCACAUGAAUGACUUUUUCCAUUCUUUCUUGAUUGUCUUUCGAGUACUUUGCGGAGAAUGGAUAGAGACCAUGUGGGACUGUAUGGAGGUUGCUGGACAAACCAUGUGCCUUACUGUCUUCAUGAUGGUCAUGGUGAUUGGAAAUCUGGUGGUUUUGAACCUGUUUCUAGCCUUGCUCCUGAGCUCCUUCAGUUCAGACAAUCUUGCUGCUACAGACGACGACAAUGAAAUGAACAACCUCCAGAUUGCUGUGGCAAGGAUUCAGAAGGGAAUAGAUUAUGUGAAAAGAAAAGCACACGAAUUUGUCCAAAAGGCCUUUGUGAGGAAACAAAAGGCUUUGGAUGAAAUCAAACCGCUUGAAGAGUUGAACAACAAGAAAGACAGCUGCCUUUCUAACCAUACCAUAGUAGAUAUUGGCAAAGAUUUUAACUAUCUCAAAGAUGGCAAUGGAACUACCAGCGGCAUAGGCAGCAGUGUGGAAAAAUACAUCAUCGACGAAAGUGAUUACAUGUCGUUCAUAAACAACCCAAGUGUCACUGUGACUGUGCCCAUUGCAGUUGGGGAAUCGGAUUUUGAAAAUUUAAACACCGAGGAGUUUAGCAGUGAAUCCGAUUUGGAAGAAAGCAAAGAGAAACUAAAUGCGUCUAGUUCAUCUGAAGGUAGUACAGUUGAUGUUGGACUUCCCCAAGUAGGUGAACAACCUGAAGCUGAGCCUGAAGAAUCUCUUGAACCAGAGGCCUGUUUUACAGAAGGCUGUAUCCGGAAGUUCAAGUGCUGCCAAGUCAGCGUAGAAGAUGGGAAAGGAAAAACGUGGUGGAAUCUUCGGAAGACCUGCUACAAAAUAGUAGAGCAUAAUUGGUUUGAGACAUUUAUUGUGUUCAUGAUUCUCCUCAGCAGCGGUGCUCUGGCCUUUGAAGACAUAUAUAUUGAGCAGCGCAAGACGAUCAAGACCAUGCUGGAAUACGCUGACAAGGUCUUCACGUACAUCUUCAUUUUGGAGAUGCUUCUGAAGUGGGUGGCUUAUGGCUUUCAGACGUAUUUCACCAAUGCCUGGUGCUGGCUGGAUUUCCUCAUUGUUGAUGUCUCUUUGGUUAGCUUAACAGCGAAUGCCUUGGGCUACUCUGAACUCGGUGCAAUUAAAUCGCUUAGAACUUUAAGAGCUUUGCGACCUCUGAGAGCCUUGUCCCGCUUUGAAGGAAUGAGGGUGGUGGUGAAUGCCCUCUUGGGAGCGAUUCCAUCUAUCAUGAAUGUGCUUCUUGUAUGUCUCAUAUUCUGGCUGAUCUUCAGCAUUAUGGGAGUGAACCUCUUUGCCGGCAAGUUCUACCACUGCGUUAACACUUCGAAUGGCGAAAUGUUCAGCAUCUAUGAAGUUGACAAUCAGACUCAGUGCCAGGAGCUCAUAGAUAGAAACGAAACGGCCCGAUGGAAAAAUGUGAAAGUCAACUUUGAUAAUGUGGGACUCGGUUACCUGUCUUUGCUUCAAGUUGCUACCUUCAAAGGGUGGAUGGACAUCAUGUAUGCGGCAGUGGAUUCACGAAAUGUGGAACUGCAACCUCAUUAUGAGGAUAACCUGUAUAUGUAUCUUUACUUUGUCAUCUUUAUUAUCUUUGGAUCCUUCUUCACCUUGAAUUUAUUUAUUGGUGUCAUCAUAGACAAUUUUAAUCAGCAAAAAAAGAAGUUUGGAGGUCAAGAUAUAUUUAUGACAGAAGAACAGAAGAAGUAUUACAAUGCAAUGAAAAAACUGGGGUCCAAGAAACCACAGAAACCUAUACCAAGGCCAGCAAACAAAUUCCAAGGCAUGGUCUUCGAUUUUGUAACAAAACAAGCCUUUGAUAUCAGCAUCAUGAUUCUUAUCUGCCUUAACAUGGUCACCAUGAUGGUGGAAACGGAUGACCAAACUGAUACAAUGGAAACAAACCUAUACCGAAUUAAUCUGAUUUUCAUAGUCCUUUUCACUGGAGAAUGUGUUUUGAAACUGAUUUCACUCCGCUAUUAUUAUUUCACCAUUGGCUGGAACAUUUUUGACUUUGUAGUUGUCAUUUUAUCCAUUGUAGGUAUGUUCCUAGCGGAGAUCAUUGAAAAAUACUUUGUGUCGCCCACCUUGUUCCGAGUGAUUCGGCUUGCCAGGAUAGGUCGAAUCCUGCGUCUGAUCAAGGGCGCUAAAGGGAUCCGGACUCUGCUCUUUGCCUUGAUGAUGUCUCUUCCUGCCCUGUUUAACAUUGGUCUCCUCCUCUUCCUCGUCAUGUUCAUCUACGCCAUAUUCGGAAUGUCCAACUUCGCCUACGUGAAGAGAGAAGUUGGAAUUGACGACUUGUUCAACUUCGAAACUUUUGGCAACAGCAUGCUCUGCCUCUUUCAAAUCACCACCUCUGCUGGCUGGGACGGCUUGCUCGCGCCCAUUCUCAACAGCGGGCCGCCCGACUGUGACCCUGAGAUAGACCACCCGGGAAGCUCCGUCAAAGGAGACUGCGGCAAUCCCUCCGUUGGGAUUUUCUUCUUUGUCAGCUACAUUAUUAUAUCGUUCUUAGUAGUCGUCAACAUGUAUAUUGCCGUCAUUUUGGAGAACUUCAGUGUCGCGACUGAAGAAAGUGCUGAACCCUUGAGUGAGGACGACUUUGAAAUGUUCUAUGAGGUCUGGGAAAAGUUUGACCCAGAUGCAACACAAUUCAUAGAGUUCAGUAAACUCUCCGAUUUUGCGGCUUCGCUAGAUCCUCCUCUUCUAAUACCAAAACCAAACAAAGUUCAGCUUAUCGCAAUGGAUCUGCCCAUGGUAAGUGGUGACAGAAUUCACUGCCUUGACAUCUUGUUUGCCUUUACCAAGCGUGUUUUGGGAGAAAGUGAGGAAAUGGACUUACUCAGAGUACAAAUGGAAGAUCGGUUCAUGCAAGCCAAUCCUUCCAAAGCCUCCUAUGAACCAAUUACCACCACACUGAAACGAAAGCAAGAGGAGGUAUCUGCUCGCAUUAUUCAGCGAGCCUUCAGACGCUACCUUUUAAAGCUAAAAGUUAAAAAGGUUUCCAGCCUUUUUAAUAAAGAUCGAAUAAAACACGGAGAUGAUGCUCUUAUCAAAGAAGAUAUGAUCAUUGAUAAGCUGAAUGAAAAUUCCACUCCUGAAAAAAAUGAUAUGACCCCCUCCACCACCUCUCCGCCUUCCUAUGAUAGUGUUACCAAGCCUGACAAAGAUAAAUAUGAAAAAGACAAAUCAGAAAAAGAAGAUAAAGGUAAAGAUAUCAGGGACAGUAAAAAAUGAGCAAAGCGAACGAUGCCCUUUGUGACCAAUUGUUUACAGCUUGAGAAAGUAAAGUAUUAUUUCAAAAGGACUCCCAUAGGAGGUUUAUGCCAAACUGACUGUUUUUGCACACAGACACACACACACACACACACACACAAAUAUCUAUAAAUAUAUAUAUAUACAAAUGUUAGAUAUAUACUUAAGGUCAGUGCCUAUUAUCAAGACAGUGACCCUUCGUCAAUCGAAAUGCUGCUCUGUAAAACAGGAUGGCAAGUUUGACAGGAGGUUACUGUUUUUAUUACCAGCUGACACUGCUGAAGAGGAAAGAAAAAUGGCUACCCAGACUGUAGGGACCAGGGAAAGAGGUGCAAACCUAGAAUUUAUGUGUGUUUAACAUAAAACACUCAAGUACAAUAAUUGUAACCCACUGUUUGCAUUCCAACUGCCACAUUUUUGCCAUAUUUUUACAAAAAAAAAAAUCCGUGUUGGUGAGGUUGUCGUUUUUUUAAUUCACAGGUUGUUUACUAUUAUAUGUGACUAUUUUUGUAAAUGGGUUUUAUGUUCUCGGGGUGGGUGGGUAGAGG